UUUAUGAAGGGGGGGUUUGGCAAUUGGCGAAAAGCAGGGGACAAAUUUCGGGAACAUGAGAAAUCCAGUUUCCACUUGGAGGUAGUCAGCAAGCUGUCAGCGUUAAAACAAACGCCUAUCAACGCGCUCCUCUCACAGGCUAUCGCCAAGGACCAGGUGACUGCCCAGACUGUUCUGGAGCUGGCGUUUCGUUCCAUCAAGUUUCUAGCUCGUCAGGGGUUGCCGCUGAGAGGACAAGAACAUCGGGAUGGCACAUUUUGGCAGAUGAUGUUAGAGAGGACGUACGACCUGCCUGCUGCUCGUGAGUGGCUUCUCCGGAGGGACAACUGGAUGGGGGACAACAUCCAAAAUGAAAUCAUUGAGCGUCUUGCCCAUGCCGUUCAGCGCGUUGUGGUGAGAGAGGCUUUUGGUUCCCCAUACUAUGGGCUAAUUGCUGAUGGAACCACUGAUAUAACAGCGAAAGAACAGUUCUCUUGUCACUUGUUUUACACAGAUGACAAUUUUAUCCAGCACAGUCGGUUUCUUGGUUACUAUAACGCGCCCGACACCACAGCAGAAACUCUUUUUGUGUGCAUCAAAGACGUGUUUUUGCGUCUCAACCUUCCGUUAGAGAAGCUGAAGGGAUAUUGUUUUGAUGGCGCAAGCAAUAUGUCCGGACGAUUUUCUGGAGUGCAAGCAAGACUUGGAGAGGUAUGUCAGGGAUCGUUGUUUGUGCAUUGCUGCAAUCACUCCCUUGACCUGGCACUCCAGGAGGUUGCAAGAGAGGUGCCGCUUAUAUCGGAGACUCUUCAGUUCGUCCAGAGCGCAGCCAACAUAAUCAGGAAAUCCAACAAGCGACGGACAACUUUUGAGUCCUGUUUCGGUGAUGAGGAUGCGAGAUGUAACAUCCUUGGACUGUGUCCUACGAGGUGGUGCGUGAGAGCCCUUGCAGUAUCCAGGAUAAUCCGUGCAUUUGGCCCACUUCUCAAAACCCUACAAACACUCCAGCAAGAUGUUCGCGGCGAAAUGAAGGCAAAGAUAUCGGGGCUACUGAAACAAGCCAAAAAGGGAAAGACCAUGUUUGGUCUUCUUUGCUCCGAGGCCCUCUUCACUCCUUGCGAAGCUGUGGCUAAAGUGCUUCAAGCUGAGAAGGCCACAGCUGCUGGAGCGCUGGAAUGCAUAAAAACGCUGAGAGAGCGCAUACAGGCCCUGCGCAACGAUAAUGCUAUGGAGGAGCUGCUGAAUAAGACCAACGCAUCAGCAGCUAAAUACGAUCUGAAGAUGCCUGACCCAACCACCAACCGGAUCACGAAAACUCCAUCCAGAUACCGUGACACAAGGCAGACUGAAGAUGCUGUUACUUCAAAGGGAGCGGCAUCAUGGAAAAUGCAGUUUUUUGAGGCACUGGACCUUGUCCAUGCUGAAAUAGAGCGCCGAUUUGACCAGAGUGGCAUGACAACUGCCGCACUAAGGGAAGCAACUUUGCUUUCUGCCACAAACGGGAUGGUUGGAACAGAAGAAGACCUGGUCUCUCUCAAGCUGCCGGGUAAUAUUGAUGUGCCUGGUCUGCAUAUGCAACUUCGGAUGCUGGUGGGGCUUACACGGCAGGAGAAAUUUGGAACGCUCUAUGACCUCGCCACUUUCAUGUCUUCCCUGCACGCCCAAACAAGAGGUCUUUUCAAGGACGUAGGAAAUCUACUCCAUCUCGCUCUUUCCUUGCCCAUCUCCGUGGCCUCAUCAGAGAGGUCAUUCUCUGCACUGCGCCGCUUGAAGACCUGGCUGCGCAACACCGUCGUACAGAGAAGACUCACUCACCUGGCCCUUCUACAUAUGCACCAGGAUAUUCUGGAUACACUGGACGUCCCUGCUCUGAUGACGGAAUUCAUCAGCACCACCCCAGAACGAAAGACCACCUUUGGAGUCAUACCAUCUACUUAAGUUCUUUGAAUGGGAGCAAGAGGAGGAUGGUUUGUAGUUCACCACUGUGUGCGUGCUUGCAUGCGUGCGUUUGCUUCGGAGUUCGGAGGAAGGAGUUUUUUUUCUUAACGUUAAAUCAAAAUCAGUUAGCCUCAUCUAGGCUGUUAUUUGUUCAUAACACUGUAAUGCAUACUAUCAGUACCUUGUGCGUGUAAUUAAAUAUUUGAGGUCUUAAUUAAAGACAUUCUGAGAAAUACUUGCAUUUCAUGUGUGAUUCAAUGAAGCACAUUCACAAGUUGGCCUUAUGGUGUAUUUCUAAAACCUCUGGUCUAAUACAGGUUGGUUGUGAUGACAUCUCAUUAUAGCCUUUAUCACAUGAUUACUAGGCAUAUAAAUAACCAAGUGUAACACCCUAUCGAGAACGUUAUUUAUUUAUGUUUGACCUUUCGCAUUAUGACGUCAUCGGAACGUUUCUCAGCCCCCCCAACUGUGAAUUACUUCCAGCGUCCCUGGUCUUGUGCGUUCCAACGGUUUAUUAGGUAUCUAAUAAAUUGCUGUCUAAUCAAUACUUCAUUCACUGCCUCAACC